GUAUGUGAAUCGAAUAUCGCGCGUAUCAAUAUAGAACCAAUUCCACCUCCCGCUGCCGAAUCGCUUUCUACGAAUGAAGCAACAUCCACAUCUAGUAACUACCAGCUGACGCCACUGAGUUGCCCGAUACAAACGCAAAGCGCAACCACUCAGACAACCACAGCAACGCAGCAUGUGCAAAACGAUUGCCAAAAUUUUCUCAAUCUCAAAUCUCAAAGAGUUUCGCCGAAUGGUAAAAGUGACGUUUCUGCCGCCAGCAGUGAUCCGUCGUUAGAUGGUAUUGGGGCCAAAACAUCAACCGAAUCACGACGGGCAGGGGAAUUCAAUGAUUUCGUCAGAGGGGCGGACAUUGCAAUGACCAUAACGAAAGUUGAAGAGCAGAAAGAAGAAGAUAAUAUUAAUGCUUCAUUGUCUUACUUGGAUGACAAUAAAAACUCAUUUGUCGACGAGGGAUCACUUAAGGAAAUGAAGUUCGAAAUGAACAAUGCUAAAAGUGCGUCAAACGCCACGCUGCGAUCGUUGGGUAGUAGUACUCAGGUUAAAAACGAGCAAAUACAGGCUGCUGCAGCAAGUGGCAGCAGUGUUUUGUCUGCCGCCAAAGAUGUUUCGAAGUUGGCGAAUUUCGGAAAGGCUCGUCGGGAAAGUGCGUCAUUGUCGCGUUCUGAGUCCAGUGCAUCUAUCGACCUAAGGGAUUCGGUGCUGCCAACUAGGACGUUGCUGCGGCGACAGAGGCGAAUGCAUUCACAAUAUUCGCAAGAUAAGCAGGAAGAUCCAAUCGAACGGUUAAAUCGACUGCGAGCGCGAAUAUCGGGGGCUUUGAACGAAGUAAAGGGUGUGCUAAAGCACUACAGUACUGAUGAGGGUGGUGAAACGGAUCAGCCUCUAUGCGAACCGAAUGAUUCUUCAACAUCACUGGAUUCGCAUAAACUUACAACCGACCAAACAACUGUAAAGGAUGAAGGUCCAGUGAGUUUUCGCUUCGUCAAAAAAAUUCGACGCCGAAGCGUGUUCAAUGAAGGGGAAACCUGUGAAUUAAAGGAAGACAUAAAAUGCGAAACACUAGAAGCAAACCAGACUAAUGAUUGUGAAUAUAAUUGUCAUGUGCCAAGUGAAGAAAUAAAUUUAGAAAAAGGCGGAAUAAAGGAUCACGAUAAUAUUACUUCGAUUCCUAUGAUUGAAAACGGAAAUAAAUCACAAGAAAUUGAAAAUUUGGCUUUAAAAAGUUCUGCGAAACUUUCAAUGACUUCAAAUGAAAACAUUUCCGAGAAAUUUCACGGAUGUAUUGAAGAUAAUAUUUUGGAAUCCGCUGAGCCCAACCUGAAACCUGUUGCGGGAGAUAAUACAGUUAUUGACGUUGCUGAAGUAGAAACUAAAAGCUGCAACCCUAAAGAUGCUUCAAUGGAAAUUCAGUCAAAAGCAACUGAACCACAUAUUCCGAAUAUAUCGGCAAACGAAACAAAAAGGCCAAAAAAAAGGCUUAUACUAAAACCAAAACAGAACGCUCGCCGUGCCUCUAUCGCCGCAAUUGAAGGUUCGCAAAUUGACCCACCGGUCAAUAUAGCCAUUCCCCUUGCAAUUAAAACACAAAGGCGGCCUUCGGAUUCCGAAGCCAUAGUAAAAAGAAAAAUUAACUUUUCAGAAUCAGUCGGCAAUGCACCAAUAAAAAAUAACGGAACAGUUGUGAAAGAGAAACGACCGCCCGUGAAAAAAAAUUCAACAACAUCAAAGGUGGAUAUAAAUCAGCAUAAUGAUCGUACUAAAAAUGCUGCUACAACGACACAUUUAAAAAGCAGCGCAAUAACUACGGUGGUGGACACUGCGGCUACGCAGGCAACAAUUAAAACCGAAGUGCCAAUAGCGUCAGAUUUGUUGUUGUCAACACAAUUAACAACUGCAAGCGCAAUUGGUGAUGCAGAGUUGCACAGUGGCGAUAAGUUAGACAAAACGAAAUCCGAGGUAAAGCAGGCAUUAUCAAUAGCGACAAAUACUUGGCGGUCAUCAACGAAGUUGAGUGAUGAGAACGGUGAAAUGGUGGCAGCAGCGAUGGCAGCGAUGGCAAGUCAGUUGCAGGCUGGCGAGGCAAGCAGUCACACAAUAAACGCAGAAAAGCAACCGUUAAGCAAAGCAAAAGAAAUAACGUUUUCUACAGAAAAGGCAAAUGAUCAAUGCAUUAGCGAGGAUCGGUCAGCUUUAACAUUAGCAGACGUUUCGAAGAAACCCAUUGAUCUGGAAUUCCAACCAACCAGUCAAGGAGUUAAUGCAGAUCCUGGGCAGUUGAUCAGUUGCUCUGAAGCAUCAAAUAGCGCUGCAACUUUGGCAGGUACAGAAAAAGUCAGCUCCACUACACAUUUGGAUACGUCAGCCUCCUUUAACGGCAACACGUUGUGUCCUGUACAAACAUUAACAGUUUCAAGUAGGCGCGAUUGUCCUGAAGAACAGAAUAUUAAAGAGAUUUUAAACCAUAAUUCGAAACAGCCAAUCGCGGAAGUCGAAGGAGGUGAUAAAAUGCCAGAGCAGCAGGUCACUCCAACGCCCGUAAAGCCGGUGCAAAUUUUUGCUGAAAACGAUGCGGGUAAAAUUAGUUUUUCAAAAAAGAAAAUCACAAUAAAAAGAAUAAUACGGAAAAGCUCCAUAGAUAACGCCACUGAAAAUAAGACAUCCAACAAAACCGCGGGCAUAGAAACUAAAAAAGACGAAGAUAAUCACAGACUUCAGCUUUCAAGUAAUUUGGUAGCGGAAAAAUGCGAAAAAAACGAAGAAGAAAAUAUUCUUGAUGACGAAAUGAAGACUGUCGAAGAACGUCCCAUUGAAUCGGCCAUCGUAUUAACCGAACCUAAAGAGCCACGCAAAAUUAAAAAGAAAGUAAUCAUCAAACGUCAACAGCGCAAACUCUCCGUUGGAGAGACUUCAUUCUUCAAAGAACCUGAUCAGCCAGAUGCCAUACCAGCUGCUACCGAAACUUUAGAGAGAGCAAUAGCUUACGUAACAGACGAUGAAGACGAUACCACAGGGCAAGCAGUGGAACCCGUCCAGCCAAUCAAAUCCUGUAUGAAACAACGAGAAUACCAAGUGGGAGAUUGGGUAAUGUAUGGAGAGCGCUUCCGUAAGACACAAAUACGCUGGAAGAAAGGCCAAAUUAUUGAACGAAUCACAAGCAUAUCCUAUAAAAUCAAGAUCGACGACAAAGAAAUUUCGGCACACAUCAGCUACAUCAAGAAGUACACUGGCCGUAGGGUAAAUUUCGGUGGCAAAGAGUAUCUGGAAAUCGACUAUGAGCAGAUAGCGGAAGAAGAGCGGCGCGCUCGGACGUAUAGUAUAUGGAAUAUGGUCUGA